AUCGUUCCGUUCUUUACCAUUCACCGAUAAAGCAGCUGCUCACACCGACCGAUCAGUGAUCGGAUUAGAAGUUUUUUGCGUAGUGUUAUAAAAACUCGAUUUUGUAAUUAUCAAUGGAUAUUUCAAGGGUUAAUAGAAAUUCACCUGCAUUAAUGCGCAAUGAUGUCAGGCCUCCUAAGCAAUAUGUGUACCAUCAUCUGAAUGGAGAAAAGACAACAGCACAGGUGGCGGUUGCAAGAGCACUUGGACAGCAGCAGGGAACAACACACACAUCCUCAGCACCACACCCACAUACACAAGGGUCACAGCGUGUAUCUGCCCCACAAAGCAAGUAUGCUGAGUUGCUAGCAGUAAUUGAAGACAUGAGUCGAGAUAUACGACCAACUUAUGCUGGAAGCAGAACAGCCACAGAACGACUUAAGCGAGGUAUCGUCCAUGCAAGAGCUCUGGUCCGGGAAUGCCUUGCAGAAACAGAACGUAGUGCACGAACAUGACAUUUCAAGGCUCUUACAAACUCUCUGUAGUUCAAUGAUGUAUAUUCCCCAGUUGUUUUACUUUUGCAUUAUUUAUUUAUUAAAAUAAUUUUAUUGUUUUGGUAUAAGAUAUGCACAUUCAUUAUAAAGAAAAUGUCAAAAACUUAGGAUCACCCUAGGAAGAAGUUAAAUAUUGUAAAUUCAUGCAGUUGGAGAUGGAUACUGUAUGUAUCACAUAACAUCAUUAGCACCACUGGACAUAGGAUUUAUCUUAGACAUUGGUGCUUUGCAAAUUGUACUUGUUGAUUAAUUGAUUGAUUGAUUGAUGAGUUGGUUGAUUAAGAGCCUGAAUAAUAGGCACAACUGAAUAAUAGGCAUUUACGCUAAGCCCAGCAGCAGUACCACUUGGAUAUUGUUAGAAGGUUCCGCUCAAAAAGACAGUAUGAGCCAACAUAAACAGAAGUAUUUAUGGGACUAGUUCCAGGCUUUGUUCCAAUUGGUCAGUUGUUAAGUUCAAUUAACAUUUAAUAGAAUGAUAAAAUAUUUUUUUUUGCUGAUACACAAAUAUUACACUUACAAUCUUAGCAUAGCAUUGACUGGUAAUCAAUGCAAGGCAAUGUAAGGAUUAUUUUUAAGUGUGUCAACUUUUUCAUUCUGUGUCAGAUUGGAAGUUUAUAACUUAUUUCAUCAUUUUAAAGAAUCAAUUCAAAAUAUUAAUUUUUGAAGUCUUUAGAUAAUAUAUCUUUAUGAUAUUAUGGAAGAUAGGAGGCUUGUUUUUGAUAAUAAUUCCCUUGUGCACAAAGCAAGAUGUUGAUGAUGAUGAUGUCUGCCAUAAAUAAUCAUAAAAAUGUAAUUAGAAUUAUAAAAUACUCACCUUCAUCCCCUACAUGAGGAUAUGGAUCUGUGUGCUUUAUUGUCCUUUUUGUUGUUUUUUUUUGUCUCAAGUGGACUUACUGAAUAGUUUACAGGCAAUUGUAAUUGUGAGCUAUCCAGUAGAUAUGAAAUUCAGUCCCUCAUUAUAUAAGAGUUUAAAAUACUGAAUAUUAUUUGAGCAAAAAAUGUACAACUUGCACUCAAUUAAACAGUAGUACCUUAGGCUCAACUUUUUGAUAUGAAUAAUUAUAUGUUUGUCAAUUGAUUUAACAAUAGUCACUGGUGUUCCUUGUUAGGGGAUUUUCAGUGCAUGUUCCAUUCUUAUUGAAGGAUAAAGCAUGCUUAAUAUAUUUCCUGCCAUAUACAUAUCUUGUCCCACUACAUGCGUUUCAAAAUUUGUAUUUCUUGCAACUGUGCCCAUUAUUGCACUAAUGACAAUCAUCUAUGAAAGAUGAAAGUGUCAUAUUCAGAAAUGUUCAUGUGAGGACUUAACUUGUAUGACUACAUUAUUAUCUCUGCAGCAUUAUAGCUUUUUAAUUGAAUUACUCCCAUAUGUUAACACAGUAAGCAUUUAAUGAUGUUGAUAAUUACAAUGUAUGUCUUUGAAAAUUAUCUUUUUAAGUUAAUUCAUGCAGAAUUUAUAGUCACACCUCCCUAAUAAAAUAGAAUCCAAUUAAUCUCCAUCAAAUUGAUGUAGAUUAACAAUUUCAAUAAUUACAUAAACAAUUAAUGUUCUCU